AUGGAAGCCUGUCGUUCAUUACACGAUGUAUUGCAGCGAAUUUUUGUAAAGGAGGAUCGCAGGAAACUUGAAGCUAUUCAUCAAACAUUCCUUUCAAGAACUGACGAACUUGACGAUAUCCUCGGCAACGGAACUUCUUGA